AUGUUCAAGCAAGAUCCUCCACCCACAGAGAGCGAACCGAUAAGUUCACUUGGUCUUAGUCUGCAAAGCAGCGGUAGAACAAUUCCCUCAUUCAUUGGGCAGCUUCGCUCGACUGGGAAAAUACCAAGCAACACCUUCGCUUUCUACCUAUCCUCAGCUGGCGGGAAGGCCCCCUUCAAUGGUGAGUUGCUGGUGGGAGGAGGUGAUGCUUCGAAGUACGUACCACCGCUGCAAUUAAUCCCAUUCUCUACCACCGUCGAGGGCGACUAUUCCGUUGAACUCGGGUCUGUGAAAGUGAAUGAUGCUCCGCAAAUUACCACUCCCGGCGACGACAUUCUCUUGGACAGUGGAACCAAUUUCUUCCACGUCUCACCAGAUUACUACGAUGAUAUCACUGAGGAUGUCAAGGAACAAGCUGACAAGAUUGCUGGGAGGCCAGUGGAUUUAGAAUACGACGCAGGAGCUAAUCUGUGGAGAUUCUCAUGUGUUUAUAUGAACGCCUUGCCACCCCUGUCUCUAGGAUUGGGCCCUCAAGGAACUGUACCCUUGAAGCUGACCUACCUGAACUACGCCUUGGAUGAUAAUGGUUCCUGUUUCCUGCUUAUCAAGAAAGGGGAAGAAGAUGAAGCCUGGAUGCUUCCUGCUAAAGCUGUCAUCGGAAAUUACUACGAGUUUCAGCCUGAUCAGAGACGACUGGGGACCGCUCCAGCAAUCGCCUGA